AUGGCCGAUAAAAUCUUAGCGAAAAUCCUUAUUCUCUUGAGUAUAAUCAUUUCAGAAGUUACAGCCAGCCCAACUGCAUCGGAAUUGUUUAAUUUUAGUAUAACGGAAUAUGUUCCAUACAUUAUUAUCACGGUACUUCUCAUUAUUACCUUGAUGGUAUUCCACUUUGCCAAAUGGGUUCACAUUAAGAACAAGAUUAUUGCUGAGCUUCAUGUGUUUAGCAUUGUUAGUGACAUGUCUUACGUUGAUAAUUGUUUGUGA